AUGUCGCCGUUUUCGGAUUUGCGACAACACUUCAAGGGUGCAUCAACACCCCAGGAGAAACGGCUUGUCUUGAAGUUAGAUUUCUUCAUUCUGACCUUCUGCUGCUUAGCAUACUUUAUGAACUAUCUAGACAGAGCUAGUAUUACACAAGCUUACGUAUCUGGAAUGAGGGAGGAUUUGGGAUUUAAAGGUGCCCAGCUUACGGAAGUUACAACACUUUAUGCGACCGCAUACCUCAUAUAUUUCGAGUCGUGCAUCUUUGCCGGCACACAGUACAUCCUCGGAUCAUGGUAUACGAAGAAAGAAUUAGGACAAAGAACGGGACUUUUUACUGCAAGUGGUUUGGCUGGGGGCAUGUUUGGUGGUUUCCUUCAGACGGCUAUCUACUCCUCCAUGAAUGGCCUCCACGGAAUGCCGGGAUGGAAGUGGCUCUUCAUCAUUUCCGGAAUUAUCACUCUGCCUGUUGCCAUCUACGGCUAUUUCUUCUUCCCAGACACGCCGAGUACCACGGCAGCUUUUUACCUUAGCGAAGAAGAGAUCAAGCUUGCCCAGGAACGAGUUCCGAUUCGUGAGGAGGGAGAAAAGAUUCUUACCUGGUCCUUUAUCUCCCGAAUCCUGCACUCGUGGUAUUUCUACGGUUUCUGCUUCUUAUGGAUCCUCGGCAACACCUCCGAGUCCCAGUCGAACCAGUCUCUCCUCAACCUCUACAUGCAAUCUCACCCCACGGAGCAUUACACUGUAUUUCAACGCAACAAUUAUCCAACCGGCGUGCAAGCAGUCGGUGUUGUCAGUACUCUGCUGUGGGCGACUAGUACCGACAUUUGGGGCCGGAGGUGGCUGUCCGGUUACUACGUCGCUUUCACGGCAAUAGCGAACGCUGCUAUCAUCCUGGCGCCCACGUCGACUGCAGCCAAGUUUGGGGCCUACUACUGGGCAGGGUCUAUUUACUGCAUUCAAGCAACGUUCUUCGCGUGGGCGAAUGACUCCACGCGGAACGAGUCCCCUGCUCUUAGGGCUUGCGUGAUUGCCUGCAUGAAUGCGGCGGGUAACUGUUUUCAGGCAUGGUGGCCGCUCAUCUUCUUCCGAGCAGAUGAUGCGCCCCAAUUUAGAAAAGGAAUGAUUGCGAUGAUUGCAGUUGGCAUUGCAAUGAUGAUUUGGGUCACCGUCCUCAUUUUCAUGGAUAGGAGGCUUUCCAAGAAGCAGAUUCAGGUUAUUGAGGCUGUUGACGCCGACAGCCAUGCAGAGGCAGGGCUUAGCGCGAUCAAGAAUGUUGACAGCAGAGAUAAGGGCUCGACAGACAAGUAA